AUCUCUUCUUCUUAUCUUAUUUUUUUCUCUAUAUAUUCUUUCUUACGCACACCAUUUCUCUUCUCCUUUAUCCAUACCUCCUUGUCGGCCUUAAAUUAUCCAAAUUUUUUUUCUCUUUCUUCAAUCAACAACAGCAAAAAAAUCUAUUUAUUUCCUUUUUUUUGUGUAUUUUAUGAUUUUGUGAUAUAGAUAAUUAAUUGUUGGGAAAUUUGAAGGCUUUUUAUCGGUGAUCGGAAGCUGUUGAUUGUAAAUUGUGAUCCAGAGUAGGAAGAAUGAGCACUCUGCAAGGUCCUGUCAUUUGUCCUGUUGUUCGCGGAAAGCAAACAAGUCAGUUUGCUGUUCCUGUCAAUUCUUCUUUAGUGAAGGCUAAGAUUUUGAAGAGUAGGUUCUGGGGGCUUAAUGGCAUCUCUAGCUUCCGGAUUAAUGUGGCUUGUCAACCACGAUCACGAGUAAGCAAGGUGAUUCAAUGCACUUUUAGUUCAUCAUCAGAUGGCAAUGGUAGCAUGGCAGGGAAUUCCAAUGAAAGCGACGCAGAUUAUGUGAACUCUAGCGUGGUAGAAGCUGUUGAAGUGCGAAGUGGGCCUGAUGGUUUCAUGAUCAAGAUGAGAGAUGGCAGGCAUUUGAAAUGUGUCCAUAAUAAUCCACAAGGAGGCCAUCUACCUGAUUAUGCUCCACAUCCAGCGAUUGUAUUGAGAAUGGAAGAUGGGACAGGGCUUCUUCUCCCUAUUAUUGUUUUGGAGAUGCCAAGUGCACUGCUCAUGGCGGCUGUGCGCAAUGUCCAAAUUGCCAGACCAACCAUGUAUCAAGUUGUGAAUGACAUGGUUGAGAAGAUGGGUUACACAGUUAAACUUGUUCGAGUUACCAAGAGAGUGCAUGAGGCUUAUUAUGCUCAGUUAUACCUAACAAAGUCCGACAAUGAUGCUGAGUCUAUUAGCUUUGAUCUUCGUCCUUCUGAUGCAAUCAACAUUGCUGUGAGAAGCAAGGUGCCAAUACAAGUCAACAAGUACUUGGCUUAUACUGAUGGUAUGAGAAUUGUUGAAUCUCCUAAGCCAGUAGUGCACACUACUGGUUCAGACGGUCUAUUGUUCACUGAGCUUGACAGGCCUAGUGGUAAACCGUGCAUUGAAACGAAGGAGUUUAUUCUUGUGCGGAAUAUGCUGAUUGCGGCGGUUGAAGAACGAUAUAGAGAUGCAGCUCUAUGGAGGGACAAGCUUACUCAACUGCGAUCCAAGAGAAACUGGAUAUAGCAGGUGUGCUUAGAGUUGUUCGAACCAAGUACUGCAGUGUACAUAGAAGAAGCCAUUCAUCAGAGCCAAGGGGUCGUCAGCGUCUUCAACAAAAAUCUGUAGUUCUCCCCUUAAUAUGUUAUCUUAUAGAAAUAACUUGUGAAUAUACGUAUAUAUAGAAUUGUAAUUUUAAUGCAAGACCGGUGUACUGUGGUUUUUGGACAUUCAAGUUUCUUCAGUUUUCA